CCUUGUGAUUCUAUUUCCUCAACAAACAAAAAACUAUGUGCUGACAGGUGAUAUGUUCAGGACUGAGAAGGAGUGACUAAUGAAUCACCCUUCUUAACUGAACUCAUAAAGUGUUUAUCAGGAAGCACAUACAAUAUAUAAGGCUCCCUCUCCCUCUUCACAGUUUCAUGUCAAAUCUCCUCCUGAAUUCCGUUCUUCCUCUCAGUUCAAAAAUGAGUGCUGUAAAGAUUGAAGAAGCUUCCGUGGACAAGCUGAAGAUACACCUCACUGCUACUGCCUGCCUGCAGGAGGAAGAUAAAGGAAAGCUUUCAAGGAGCACAGCUAAAGAAUUUAUCCUUGAUCCUGGAGCUUGUGAUUUGCAGAUCCACUACAACACGAAGAGGGAGACAGAAUUGAGGAGGAGCCGGAAUCUUCUUUCAGCAAAUCAUGUGAAAUGUGUGGUUUCUGGUAAAGUACUCCAAGGAAAACUUCUCAGAAGCAUCUCCCCUGAGUCUCGUGUUAAGCUUCACUGCUGCUAUGGAGUAGUGAUCGUGGUCCUCACUGUAGCUGUAGUUGCUCUUUCUGUUGCUUUGUCAGUGAGAAACAAAAUUCCAGUCAUGGAGAACUGUGAACCUUGCUCUGCCACAUGCCCAAGUGGCUGGAUUGGAUUUGGAAGUAAAUGCUUUUAUUUUUCUGAAGAUGUGGGAAACUGGACAUUCAGCCAGUCCUCGUGCAUGGCACUAGAUUCCCAUCUAGCUCUGUUUGACAGCCUGGAGGAGCUGAUUUUUCUGAAGAGAUACAAGGGACCUUCUGACCACUGGAUCGGCCUGCAUAGAGCGUCAACAAAGCACCCUUGGAUAUGGGCAGAUGACACUGAGUAUAGCAACUUGGUUCUCAUCCGAGGAGGAGGACAAUGUGGCUUCCUGAGUGACAAUGGGAUCAGCAGUGGCAGGGACUAUACACAUAGGAAGUGGAUUUGUAACAAGUCCAGCAGCUACACCUCACAGUACCCACUAUUUGUAAAUCCAAGCUAGGGAAUGUACCAAGGGAAAGCAUGUGUGAGAAACAGAUGCUCUGUGAUCUGUUAUCUACAGUUGCUGCUCUACUCAGGACCUACCAAAGCCAUGAACAAAAUCCAUCAAUAACCACAUUGACAACAAAGAUGAAAACUAGCUUAGAGGAUCAUAGGAAUACUACAUAAAUUUUGGAUAAAUGAUUCUAAAUUAAAUCGGUAUUUGGGUAUGAGUUAGUACUGAUAUCUAAAACUAAAGUAUAAACAAAACUGUGUUGGUGAGCUCCAUUUUAUCAUCAGGAAUGAACAUUUUCAUUGGUCCUUGCUAUAAAUUCAGGGGAUAUGAACCCAUGAAAAUUAUUAGUCACAAGAAAUAUGAUAAUUGGCCUGUGGCUUCCAAAUAUUAUAGUAAGUAUGGUCAUCAUUCUUUUUAAAAAAUUCAAUAACAAAUAUGGAGGGAAAUCUAAACCAGAUGGAAGGCAAUGCUGUAUACUCUGUCAUUUAAUAGCAUUGUCAAUUAUUUUUAUACUUUAUUUACGAGUUUUUUAAAAUUGAAACAGACUAAGAAUAUGAUACAAGCAAAUGUCAUUUUAUUUUCCAAAUUUAAACUUUUUUGAGAAUUCCAUACGAGUGUAUGACAUUUGAAUUUUAUUCUUUACUAGGUUCUUUUCAGAUCAGGAUAAAAUUGGUUACUGAACCUCCUUCAAAGCAUUUGAUCCCUAAUCUUGUAAUCAUUUACACACACAUAAGUUUUAAGAAAAAAUAUUAACAAUAUUUGGAUAAUGUGCUACACUGUACUGAUGAGUCCCAAAAAGGACGAAAUAACAGGUCAGUUAACACUUUCGUCUUACUUUAUCUUUGGAUUAAACCUUCUCACACAUGCUAGGCAAACACUAUCCUACCGAUAUUACACUAUCCCUUUUUAUAAAUUUUUAUUUCAUAACAAGAUCAUUCUGUAAGCCCCAGAUGGCUAGGAUUACAGCUGUGUAUCACCACAGAGGCCUUGCUCUAUUAACGUUUUAGUUCAUGGAGUUCAGGGACAGGACUAUGAUACCAAUGGUAAAGGCACCAACUACUAAGACUGAUAACUUGAGUUCAACAUCUGGAUUAGCAUGUUGGGAGCAUAAAAUCGUCCACAGUAUAUUGUUUGUAAACUUCAAACUUGCACUGUACCCAUUCACAAACAAACACACACAAAUAUAUUAAAAUGAAGUAAAAAAUAUUAA